CCCCCCCCCCCCGCUUUAAAAACAACAACAACAACAACAAAACAACUUUCUCCUGGAGGCCGCCAACUUUUGAGAAAGGUCGAAGUCUUUCUGCAGAGGAGCUAACUUUGAGAUGGAUCAAGCGAGCGGCGGGGAUGACCCGAACAAACCCUCCAAAAAGAAGUCCGGCGAGGACGAGGGUAAAAACAAAAAGCUGAACAUACACAUAAAAACAUUGGCUGAUGAUAUGCGUGAUCGCCUCACCAGCUUCAGGAAAACCGGGAUGAAGAAGGAGAAGCCCCUUAUACACCACCCAACAGAUCCCCUCUCCAUCCAGGCCGAGCUUCCAGUUCCACAGGCUUUUUCCGAUGACCGCUCCAUGAACCUCUCGGAAAAGGAGAUCAUUGACCUCUUCGAGAAGAUGAUGGAGGACAUGAACCUGAAUGAGGAACGCAAAGCCCCUCUGCGUGGAAAAGAUUUGAGCACCAAACGCGAGAUGGUGGUCCAGUACAUCUCUGCUACUGCCAAAUCUAUAACUGGGAGCAAAGUUGCGGGUGGACUAAGGAACAGCAAGCAUGAGUCUACACUUUCCUCCCAAGAGUAUGUCCACGAGCUGCGUUCAGGCAUCACGGAGGAGAAGCUGCUCAAUUGCCUGGAGUCCCUCAGAGUGUCUCUCACUAGUAACCCUGUCAGUUGGGUUAAUAACUUUGGUCAUGAGGGUCUCGGUCUGCUGCUGGAUGCUUUGGAGAAGCUGCUUGACAAGAAACAGCAGGAGAAUAUUGAUAAGCGUAACCAGCACAAACUUAUCCAGUGUCUGAAGGCUUUCAUGAACAACAAGUAUGGACUGCAAAGGAUCCUGGGAGAUGAGCGCAGCCUGCUGCUGUUGGCAAGAGCGAUUGACCCCAAACAGACCAACAUGAUGACCGAGACGGUCAAAAUCCUCUCUGCUUUCUGUAUCAUUGGAGAAGAAAACAUCCUGGAUAAGAUUCUGGCUGCCAUGACAAUCGCUGCAGAGAGGAACAAUAAAGAGAGAUUUGCUCCAAUUGUGGAAGGACUGGAGAACCACGAAGCUCAGCAGCUUCAGGUUGCUUGCAUGCAGCUGAUCAAUGCUCUCGUCACCUCCCCCGAUGACCUGGACUUCCGGAUACAUCUACGCAACGAGUUUUUAAGAUGUGGCCUCAAGAAGAUCCUACCUGAGCUAAAAGAGACGGAGGAGCUAGACAUCCAGCUGAAGGUGUUCAAUGAGAACAAGGAGGAGGACUCUAUCGAACUGUCCCAUCGCUUGGACGACAUCCGAGCGGAGAUGGAUGAUAUGAAUGAAGUGUACCAUCUCCUGUCCAACAUGGUGAAAGAUACCAGCUCAGAGGCCUACUUCCUGUCCAUCCUCCAGCACCUUUUGCUGGUCAGGAACGACUACUACAUCAGGCCUCAGUAUUACAAGGUGAUAGAAGAAUCUGUGUCUCAGGUGGUUCUGCACCGCAAUGGCAUGGACCCCGACUUUGGCUACAGCAGAAGACUGGACGUGGACUUCACCCAUCUGAUUGAUCAGUGUGUGGAUAAAGCCAAAGUUGAAGAGAGUGAGCAGAAGGCUGCCGAGUACUCCAAAAAGUUUGAUGAGGAGUUCAGUGCACGGCAGGAGGCCCAGGCCGAGUCUCAAAAGAAGGAAGAGAGAAUCAAAGAGCUGGAGGGGAAGAUCCAGGCUCUUGAGUCCCAGUUAACUAUUGAAAAAGACAAGCUCAAAGCGGCUCAGAGACUCAUCAGUGAAUCUGAAGCCAAGAUAGCAGCGGGUCCAACUGCGCCCGGAGCACCACCACCGCCACCCAUACCGGGGGGUGCAGCUGCCCCACCUCCACCACCUCCUCCCCCACCUCUACCGGGUGGCUGUCCGCCCCCACCUCCUCCGCCCCCUCCCCUCCCGGGCCACGCUGGCAUUCCGCCACCACCUCCACCGCCCCCUCCCCCUGGCGGAGGACCUCCGCCUCCCCCACCGCCACCUGGGUGCGGGCCCCCACCGCCUCCGCCUUUCGCCGGGGGCCCGGGUGGUCCUCCGCCACCACUCCUGGCAUUGCCUGUCAUCAAACUGCCUUAUGGACUGGAACCCAAGAAGACCUACAAGCCUGAAACGGUGAUGAAGAGGGUGAACUGGACCAAGAUAGUGCCUCAGGAAAUGGCGGAGAAUUGCUUCUGGAUCAAAGUCAAAGAGGAGAAGUUUGAGAAUCCUGACCUAUUUGCUCAGCUCUCCCUCUGCUUCUCCUCGCAGAGCAAAGUGAAAAAAGAUUUGAAAGAGGAGAACGAUGACAGAAUGCAACAGUUCAAGAAAAAGGCAAAAGAGCUUCGGAUCCUGGAUUCCAAAACUGCCCAGAAUCUGUCUAUUUUCUUGGGCUCGUUCCGCCUGCCUUAUGAAGAGAUCCGGGACAUUGUGCUGCAGGUGGAUGAGGAGCGACUGAGCGAAUCACUCAUCCAGAACCUGAUAAAGAACCUGCCGGAGCAGAAAGAGCUGAAUGCGCUGGCGGAACUAAAGGGCGAAUAUGAAGAGCUUGUGGAGUCAGAGCAGUUUGGCAUUGUGAUGAGCUCAGUAAAACUCCUGCGACCACGUCUCAACGGCAUUUUGUUCAAGCUGACAUUUGAGGAGCAGGUGAAUAACAUCCGGCCAGACAUCAUGAAUGUGACAUUUGCCUGCGAGGAGGUGAAGAAGAGCGAAGGCUUAUGCAAACUCCUGGAGCUGGUGUUGCUGGUCGGCAAUUACAUGAAUGCAGGCUCAAGGAAUGCCCAGACGUUUGGUUUCAACAUCAGCUUUCUAUGCAAGCUACGAGACACUAAAUCCAUCAGUCAGAAUACAACACUUCUGCAUUUCCUCGCUGAGAAGUGUGAGGAGAGUCACCAAGAGAUUCUGAGGUUUCCAGAUGAACUGGAGCACGUGGAAAGUGCCAGCAAAGUGUCGGCUGACAUCUUAAAUAGCAGUUUGGCCACCAUGGAACGUCACAUCCAGAGGCUUGAGAACGACAUCCAGAACUUCCCCAAAACCGACGACCAACAAGAUAAGUUUGUGGAAAAGAUGAUGGACUUCUCCAAACAUUCACGAGAGCAGUAUGAAAAACUGUCCACGAUGCACAAGAACAUGCAGAAACUCUACGAGAGCAUCGGCAGCUAUCUGGCCUUUGACCCCCACUCGGUCAGUGUGGAGGAUUUCUUCGGCGAACUCGCCAACUUCCGCAUCCUCUUCAUGGAAGCAGUGAAGGAGAACCACAAGAAGAGGGAGAUGGAGGAGAAGAUCAAGAGAGCCAAGCUGGCGAAGGAGAAAGCAGAGCGGGAGAAGCAGGAGCGGCAGCAGAAGAAGAAGCAGCUGAUUGACAUGAACAAAGAAGGCGAUGAAACUGGUGUGAUGGAUAGCCUGAUGGAAGCUCUGCAGUCCGGAGCAGCCUUCCGUGAUCGGCGAAAACGCACACCGCGUAACGGUGAUCAAAGCCCUUCCAGUCCAUCCACUCGGUGGCCGGGUGCUAACUAUGGUAACAGAACCCUAGACAACCGCCGCGCAGUCCUGGAAAGGUCUCGUUCCCGCCACAACGCAAAUCACCAAGCUCGAUGAUCGGCCGAGCCCACCACAAGACGCUAGAUAAGUGCCAAAGAGGCCUGCGAGGUGGAGACCGGGAAGACAUCUGAAGCAGGGACGGGACAGCCGUCACCGUAGCGCGUACUCACACACACACACACACACACACACACACACAACUGUGGAACACGCGAUACCUAAACAAUCCACUUAGAAUGGAAGCAUUUUACAGUACAUCAUAUACAGACAUUUGUUAAUUCAUCUGAUGCCUUACAUAUUUAUUCAAAACGCUCUAUCAAAAUGUUCAUGUCCUCUCUUGCUGGUUUUGAUUUAUGAAAAAACUGUUUUUUUAGGGAUGCUGCUGUUUAAAAAAAGGUUUGCAGUGCUUGGAAUUUUACUUUGAUUCAUGUAACUCUUUUUUUUAUCAGAAUAGUUGCAGUUUGAGAGAGAGAUUUAACACAAAACAAGUGUUUUGAUCAUGAACCCUCUUUAAAGAAGGACUGCAGAACACUGCAGACGCAUCACCGUGAGAAAUAUACGACACACAGUACAUUCAGCCAAUGGACAAAAGGCCGGAGGACCUUUUGAAAGAAAAGUGAUGCUGAAGUUUUCUUCAACAUCACUCUGAAUUCUUCCCGGAAGAAGGAGUGGUUGCUAAUAUAUAUAUAUUUUUUAAUGUCAAUUCCUCCUUCAUACAACAUUAAGACAACUGGACUAGCAAAUGUACAAAGAGUCCACGUGAAUAAUUACUCAUCCAUAUUCCACAUGAGCCGCGAGAGCUGCCCCGUCUGGACCAAUAUUUCAGAGACGGUGACUCACGGAUCUUAAAACUGUAAUCUCCAUCUUGACGAGAUGCUUUUUAUUUUUAGUUGUGUAAUAUCUGACCGAUGCCUCCAGGCGCUGAUCCCUGUCCCAAGGUCGCUUUUGCUGUUAACAUGAGAGAGUGACACAUUUCUAAAUGCAUAUAACUGCCGAGAGGAGCGAACGCGACCCUUUGACAUUUCCUGCAGUCACACAGGUUUUUCAGUGGGGGGAAGGUUCACUGUGCAGUUUUAUGGCUGCAUCUUUAAUAUGAAUAUUUUUCAGUCCUUGCAUAUAUAUAUAUAUAUAUAUAUAUAUAUAUAUAUAUAUAUAUAUAUACAUACAUUUAGAUAAACUGUAUAUUGGCUUUGAAGACAUUUGUUUCUGAUCAAUUUGGCAAUUUGGAGACCAAUGGUGCAAGGUUAGAAUCUAAAUUAUAUUCUUUCCAAAAAUUAAUAAAUUAUAAUCUCUGCAGGAUAACUAAGUUAAAUAAUGGGACAAGUAAACACAUUAUUUUCAUCAGUACCUAUUCUACUAUCUUUAAGAGACUCUAUAAUGAAUAGUCCACAAUAAUACAAAGCAGCUUACAAAUUCACAGCUGAGAUUUCAAUGGGAAAAUAUGUCCUGUUGUUAUUAGGCUUAAAUGAACCACACCAGCUUAAACACCUGGUGCUUGUUGUUCUCAUUCAAAAUCGUGGAAACUUGUAAGCCUUGUUCCUCAGUUGGCACCCACUGUUACAAAAUUCCUUCAUGUGAAGUAUUUAUUCAUAUAUUCAUGCCUAGAGCGACCCUGUCCCAUCACUGCCCUGAACUGUAAGCAGAUGCUACUAAAAACAACCACUGAGUCCACAUGGAAAGUGGGCACGAGCGGAAUGUUUGACUAAGGGGCAAAGAAGACGCGACGAGGCUCGUCCACGCCCUCCAAUUCCCCAGCGCUAAGAGCAUAAGUGACCCUUUAUCCAUUACACGAGUUACUUAAAUAAUACCACAUCUCUGCUUUAGGCUUUGUGUCUCUGUAUGCUUGUGUUUGGGCGAGUGUGUGUGUGUGUGUGUGUGUGUGUGUGUGUGUGCGCGUGCCAUGCAAGCUCAAUAAUCCGACAGGAACCCAGACGAAAUAGGAUUCAGUGUGCUUGACUCCAUGGCUGAAUAGAUGGAGGUUUUUCAUUUAAACAAUCUGCCAGUCCUGCUUGUGAUGUGUCUGUUUCAUGACGCCUCGCUUCCCAGCCUGCAUGCUUUUAAAAAAGGCAAUUUUACACAUCAUCUCGGGCUCAAGGUGCACGGAGGAAACUGCAUUUUUUAGGCAGACAAUAAUUCUCCCGCGAAUAUAAGAGCAGAGAGGAAACACGCAGAGUGAGGUAUGAGGGAUCCUGGGUGGAUGGAGGAGGUUUAAGGGCGUGUUGUAUACAGAGAGAGAGAUGAAGAUGUGUCAUGAAAGGAACUGAUUUCACAACUCACCCUCUGCCCUCAACACCGUCACACCUGUACAGCUGAGUAUCGGAUAUCAGUUCUCCUUCAACACCAACGUUGUUUCACCGUUGCCAAAAACGGGACGUUUGUGUUUUACAAUUGGACUCAAAACUCUUUCUUGAUUAUUAAAUGUAAUUAGAUUUGUUUUUAUACGUGCCAAUUCUUGGAGGGUGGGUGGAUACACAGUUCUCACUGUGAAAUGAUGGAAAACUAUAUUUUCUUUAUUUUGUUUUUUAUAUCAAAAGGAGGUAGGGGCAUUUUUUGGCAAUGUCUUGGAGCGGUUGUACAGGAAUACCUUUUCCAACAGUUGUUUGAAAAACAUCCACUUUGGAACUCCAAUUUGAAGUAGGACAAUUUAGUAUGAAACAAAAAGAUAGACAUGUGAUACACAUCUUUUAAAAGAUGUAAUUGAUUUUGGAUUGAAAAAAUAUGUCAUUGUAGGACUGAAUUGUUGUAGAAGGUCACAUCAUGUAUCUCAAUACACUUUCAUCAUCCCUGUAAGUGAUUGUUGUCCCCCCCCCGCCCCCCACCAUUUCAUCUUUUAGGAUAAUUAGUAAGAAUUCUGUGUCUGUAUAGAAAAUAGCAGGAGUGCUUCAUGUCAGAGAACUUGAAUUUAUUAAUUAUUGUGUUAAAAACAGGGCUUUAAACAUGCCGAUCAUCCCAUUGUAUUUUAGCUUGUGACUAACAAACCUGGUCAUGUGACUCAUGGUAUUUGUAAGAAUGAGGAGGCAGGGGUAGGAAUUAUUUAUCAUGAAACUGUAAACAAUGCCAUUUUGUUGGCGAUUGGUGACAUUAACAAGUGAUAUAAGAGAAAAGUUUGCAGUCAAACUUACAGUCAAUGACUGUACACUUUACCUCACAGGAUAUUCUGCUCAGGCACAAGGAAAAGUUGUUUGAUAUGUUUGAAUACAACAUUGUUACUUACACAGUGAAAGUAUUUCCUUUGGUGAAUAGUUCUAGCUGCCGCAUAUCUAGUUCUUUCCUACAUUGUGAGUGCUUACUGUUGAUUUGUGGAAGACCUAUUGUGGCUGAAUAGCUUCCAUAUCCCUGCCUACCCUCCUAGAUGUCAUUGAGUAUGUUUUUUUUGUCUUGAGAAACAUUUAUAUUUGUACCAUUUUAAGUUAAUUUGUAUCCUUAAGACCAUGAAAACAAACUAAAUGGUUAUGCACAUUGUCCUAUCUUAGAAUAUGUAAUGGAAUAUGAUACUAAAUAAUAACCACUUUGUUAUAUAAACUGAUUUCUGAAAGAU